AUGUCACCACCCGAAAUUCCAGCCUUCGAAGUCAACCAGGCUUUCAACAAAAAGGCACGAAAUGUCGCCGUCGCGUUCAAAAUAGCUGGUACACGAAAGCGAGACCGAAAUCACGACCACCAAAGCAAUAGUCAGAGUUUGCUUCACCUCAGCUACAUUGCUAUACGCUACGAGCGACCACCUAGUUUUACCGUGAGGUUCACGGUCAGAGUCCAUAGAAAAACAGGGGAGGUGGCAUCUCUCUACUUCGAUAUUCCUCGACAAAAUAUCGUCGCGCUCAUACCAACCUACCAUGUUGAUUACGCCACCAUCCAAGCUCUUGACCAAGAUAAAAAGCUCAAAUCCAUGGGUGAUAUUACGGGUAUCCGGUUUCAACUUAACCUACCUGGCAAUCUUGUCCAACCAAAUUCUACGGAGUUUUACCUCAAGACUGCCUCAAAAAGCACUCUGGCGGCGAUGACAUUGUUAGCCACUGUUUCCGAGUUUGAUCUGUUCAUGCCACACAAAAUAUUAUCGAAUAAACAAAUCAACUGUCUUCAGCAAGCCCUCAAUGUACCAAUGACCGCUGAUGAUCAGCUGGAUCAGGAAAAACAAACUAAGAUCUGGCUCGCUUCUUUGUAUGCCGGUAAAGGUGGUAGGCUGCUUGACAGCCACACCGCGGAUAUUAGCCCAGCGACAAUUGCUAGUGGGAACGUAAGCGGCGACACAAGCCCUGCUACAAGUAUUUUCUCCGAUUCAGAUGACUCUCUUAUUCCUCUGAAUUUUCCGCCAGCAUACACGAGUUUAAGUGUCCCCGGUGAUGGAAGUCCUACUAUUGCCAACGCCAAUCACUCAAGCAUACCAUCUGACUUGGAUGACAAGACUCCCACGGCCAGUCCACCUCCUUAUAAGUCAUUGAAGCUCAAAGGUGUGGAUUGUCAUUUGAUAGCUGAGAAUUUUGUCUAG